CUUUAACGAACUGCAUCACUUAGAUGUCGAAUGGGUUGGAUGACAGCUUCACCUCUGCAAAGCUCUAGUCUUUGCCAUUGUGGGCUUAUUUUCUGGGUUUCAAGACUCUUUUUGUCAUUCCUACUUUAAUGUAUAAACCAAGUUGACAUGGAAUCUUUUUGUUUUCGAAAUUGCACGCUUUUUGGUCCUUUUACUUUGUAAUCAAUAAUUUUCGCAGUAACUUAGUGAUCAAGCAAAGGUGAAUAAGAAAUUCUUUAGUCACAGCCAUGUUCAACAAAAAUGAAUGAAAAAGAAAAGGAAGGACAUCAAAAAUCUGUCGAACCAGUAAAAGUUGCUUGUUUGAGCUGUUCUACAAAUUCUGACAGCGAUUUACCUAAAUACAGCGAAAUCCCGUAUUCUCAUGUUGACAAUAUGGAGAAGGGUAGUUUACGUUUACAGUCCGAUCCAGAUCCAGUUCCACCAUACUCAAGAAGACAUCAAGAAGCUUCUAUUCACAUGGCGCAAGGAAACGGUUUCUUUAUUCUUUUACGAGAUGUCUUGUCGGCAUUAUUAUGGUUAAUUUUCUGGCCGGCAAAAAUUGUGAGAAUCCCGGAAGCACAACGAAGACAGGAAAAUGAAACUGCUCGGCUUAGUUUCUGCUUUAUUAUUUCGGUCAUGGUAGACUUUUGGUUUUCUUACAAAUACCUUGUCCCCUUUAUAAAGGAAUCAAUGAAAGAAUCUGUAAGGUUAUGGUUUCAGAUUACUGUAGCAGCUGUUCUUGUCAUCGUGGCUUUCUACAUGUUUCUAUAUGUUUGUUCAUUGUUGGUGGAUUUUAUCGUUAUACUUAUUCCUCUAGUUGCUUCUGGGGGUUCUUCACUGUUUUAUGGAAUAUCUUCAUUUCUUUCUUCGCUUUUUUCUGGCAUAUCUUCAUUUUUUUCUGGCAUAUCUUCAUUUUUUUCUUCGCUUUUUUCUGGGAUUGGUACACUUUUUUCUGGCAUAUCUUCAUUUUUUUCUUCGCUUUUUUCUGGGAUCAAUAGUGCUGUUACGAGUGCUCUAGGUUUCAGGAUGCCGUCAGAAAGAAACGACUUAACGGAUGAUAAUUGUAUCCCAUUAAACAGCAUGUCGUCAGAGCGUGAAUAUCAGUUUAAUAAUAGUAGUGAUAAUACUUUCGAGCAACCGUCUUCUGAACAUUCUGAGCAAUCUCCAGGGUUACGCCGGGAACCUGGUCAGUCUAGGAAUGUGGAAAGUAGUAGGAGUUGAUUUGUACGUAAAGUAAAGCAUUAAUAUUAUAAUGCCUAAUAUAUUCGGUUGUUCUCCUGCAUGCUUUUACGUAUGCUUAUGUUUCGUUUAUUUCGUCCCUGCAUAUUUAUUUUAGGAAUGCUUAUUACUGGAUGAUUUUGUCAUUGCAUCUAUAUAGUUAAGUUGAAUUGCUUACUUUUAUUUAUUCGUUUGAUACUCUAUUUCUGAUCUUUGUUAUUCGUUUCAUAAGUCUAGGAAGAUCU